AUGCAACGGGUUUCCAGCUUUCUCCCCUCCUGGGACGCCAGGAGGAGAAGUAACGCCAGCACGACGAGCAACGGCCGAGCCAGCAUCGCUACCGCAAACGGCAUCCGAUCCCCUCUCGAGAAGGUCUUCCGCUGGUCUAACAAGCCCACCGCGCCCCUCACCACCGCCGCCCUCGCCUCGGCCGCCUCGCGUGUUGGCCGCGAGGCUUUCUGGCCCGCCACCCUCGAUGCCGAAUGCGAUCGUUCUGCUCGCAUAUUGAAGUCCUUUUGUUCCGACGGCUUUCUGGCACCACUGGAUAGCCUGCUAAACACGGAUGCUGACGCCAACGCCGAACCAAAAACCCCUGCUCGCGUUUUUAAAAAGAUACCUCCUCGCAUAAUACAGGAUGCCGCCGGCAUUGCCAUCUUCACAUGUAUGCGAUCUGGUCUGUGGAUGACAGGAUCCGGCGGCUCCGGCAUUCUCAUCGCCCGCAAAGCCGACGGCACCUGGUCACCACCCUCGGGCAUUCUCCUGCAUACGCCUUCACUAAGUUUUAUUAUGGGCGUAGAUAUUUAUGACUGUGUCCUGGUAAUCAACAACAUCGCCGCUCUCGAAUCACUAAUAACUAAACCCACCGUUACCCUGGGAGAGGACAUCAGUCUCACCACCGGACCAUUGGUGGCGCUGGAAUCAACAGAAGUCGACAGUAGAUGGAAGGACCUCGACAACACCGUUCUCACAUACAUGAAGGCGAGAGGACAAACCCAGAACGUCAACUUGAACGGCUGCAUCCUGACCGAGCGAGCAAACGAAAACGAGAGGUUCUACGGUACCAGCUUGUCGGCCAUGGACAUUGCCGCGGGAAACGUGUCGAGACACGUGGAGGAAACACGCCCACUAUUCGAGGUCAUCAAGGAAGCCGAGGGAAGGGUCGACGCCGACCAGGCCGUUCUGAAGAAGCUGUCGGCGCUACCGGCACCUGGCGAUGCAGUCAUUGAGACACCCAAAACCUCGCCGGCAUCGCCCAAGACUCCCUUCGGCAUUCCUCUAGCGGACGAUCCCGAUCCGUUCGGCGUUCUCGCUUUAGAAAUGGCGGGCUUGGAGAUCCGGGAGGCCGGUACACGCCUUCGGCCUACGAGCAGUCAGUUCGAGUUCCACCCUGCCCCCUCGAGCCCGGCCUUUUCAAGAUUCCGCCAGAGCAGUGAGACGUUCACGACCAAGAGCAACCGAGGCAGUCUCAUGUCAACCAAGACGAGCCGUACCAAAAUGUCCGAGGCAUGGACGCAAACAAACACGACCGACACGCCAGCCACGUCGCCGAGUCAAAGCCAGAACCAGAGCGAAGACGGUGCCUCCGUCAGCAGUCUUCCCGUUCUCAAGGAGCCGGAAGAGGUGGACUACACCAAGAUUGACUUCACUCCUCUGAGGCAGAUCAGCGGGAGAAAUUCCAUAGAAGGAACCGUCAUGGCAGGCCGCGACGAUCACCUGCGAGCCGACGUGAGCACCAUUGACGAUGCGACUACCAAGGCCUCGAGCGUUUACACCAAGGACGAUGCUAGCGUAAUCACCACCGACGAUGACAUCUACAUGGAGUCCCGGAAUGAGCAGCAAGACGGUGACGCCGACGAUGAGGAUGACGAUGAAGUUGACGAAGAUGACGAGGAGGAAGAACCCGUCAUCUUCGAGAUUGCCGCCGCGCAACCCGCCGCGCGCACAGCCGUCAUGGCCGCCCCUAUUCACGCCAAGGGCGCGCUGGUGACCAUCCCCAAGAGAAUCCCCCCGCCCCUUCCCCCGAAAAGCCCAAUGAGGAGCUCUCGCGCCAGUAAGAGUGACAUCGGAGACGUCAGUCAUCUUCAAAGCCCUCUUCAGUCCUCUUUCACUCCUUCUCCUAGACAGUCCAUCGACUCGUCCUCCAUUCGGAGCGGCUCGGACAGGAUCCCAUCGAUCACGGAGACGGUACCCGAUCUGUCCGACGAUGAGGAGUUGGAGAAGGCCAACUUCACACUCGGCGAGAAGACGCAGCAGGCAGAUGCGCCUGUUUCCAAGACAGCAACGGCUCACAAGUCGGAACAAGCGACGCCUUUUGCACCUGGAGCCUUCCCAGAUGAUGGAUAUUUCCUCACCCCUCUCGGCAGUCCGUUGAAAGAAGUCUCCAGCGUUGAGUCGAGGCAGCAUACCGCCCCGAAAGCAGCCGACGUCGCAUGA